AUGCUCGGUUAUUGGUGGAAAGUGGCCCUAUUUGUCGUUUUAUUCAAUGACGUUAUAUUGACGAAUUCAGUUGUGUUAAAGACAACAACAGAUGAGAGUAGACUGCACAAAGGCUCCAGAAGUCUUUCUCCUCGCAACAUUCAAUCUCCGGUGACUGUGAGUGACAAGCAAACGAAAUAUUUGAUUUACAGACAAAAGCGAUCCGUUUUAUUUCCGAAUGGUGUUAAACUAUGCCCAGAGGAAACAAUCUCACAAGCCAUUGGCAACUAUCUCAAAUAUUAUAAGCUGAGAGUGUGCCAGGAGGCAGUAUGGGAAGCAUUCAAAACGUUCUGGGACAGGCUACCUGCAAGCCAUGAACAUGAAGCCUGGAUGAAUAUGUGUGAUCAAGGAAUCAUAAAUAUUUUUGACAUUGGUGUAAAUUUCAGCCAAUCAGAGGAACACCAAACCCUGAUGAAGGAGAAAUUAUCUCCACAGGCAGAAACAGUGAGCAGUUCAAGUAAUGAAGACUUGUGCAUUCUAGAGACUACCACAAUCAUGAAUGCAGCUUCAACUGAAAACUCCACACGAGAAGCGCCAGAUGCUGAUGAAGUUUCUGUUGAUAGCACAAUGAUCAGAGCUAAAGAAAGUGAGAUCACUACCCCCAGUGAUAUUGAACAAGGUACAAAGAAGCUACCAAAUCAGGUUUUGGAAUUUAUCGUUCAGCUUGUUGGGAAGAACUACACUAAAGAACUCUCUGACCCAGCUACAAUGGAUUAUCAGAAAUUAGCUGAUGAUGUCAAUACCAAGAUGGAGAAUGUUUUUGGAAAAUUCCCAGGAUAUCAGACAAUUAAUAUCUUGGAGUUCAGGGAGUAUCCAAAUUCAGACAGCAGUAGUAAUGUGGCGGUCCACUACUCUGUAACAUUUGAUGGAAAUACACAAGCUUUACAGAACAAAACACGUAAGUUAGUUGAUGUGAACCGCAAAAACAUAGAAGAUGAUCUUUCCCUUGAAAUGGAACAUCAGCUGACAACUGCCUACACGAUAAUUGAUUUCAAGAAUCUAGUAGUUGAGGCCUUGCAUAAGGAAAAUCUAAUUGGGAAUGCAUCACUGACUUUUAAUCCAGAGACUCUUCAGCUCUUGAACGAACAAUCAACCAGUCUUGCGCUUGGAGGCAUCAUGUUUGACCCAGAAAAUCAAGAAACUGAAUUUGCAGACAAGGAGGAUGGAUCAGAAGAUUCCAUGUUGAGUACUGAAGAACUAUUACAGUCACAUUCAACAGUUAUUGAUUUGCAGUCUGAUCAAACAACUGGCAAAAGAAUGUCAGAAGCUGCAAACACUCCUGUUAUAUUAACUAACCAAAUAAAUCCUGUGGAACAGCAAAGUAUUUCUAAUGAGAAGGUGCCAACUAGCACAAUGAAUGUAACAUUUGCACCGUCUAUUACAGAUCUGACCCCACUGAUUGAUAUUGAACUGAAAGAAACCUCUGAUUUGUCUAUGAUACAAACCACUACAUCAGAUGCAUUGUUUGAUAGUGGUACAUUUUCCAAUUACGAAUCUGGGACAGGAACCGAGCAAGAGUUUUUAUGGCCCUCGGCUACGGCAGUCCUUCACAACAAGCCAGAUAAUGGAUCACUGGUCAGCAAUUCCGUUCAAUUCACAAAUACGCCAAUCUUCGAUGACAUUACUGUAGAUUAUCUGACAAAUGUACCAAGUGUAACUAUAGGGGAUUUGACUGAUGAACCUUCUGAGAUUCUUGUCAGUACAAUCAUCUCUAAUGAAAUAGAUGUUCCUUUGUUAAGUGAAACAGCUUCAUAUAGUGAUAUUGGAGUUGAAAUCAAACCUCACAUUGCAGAGACAGUAAGUGAAAAAGCCUCUGUUGAACAGUUGCCAGAUAAUGAAUUAGAAUUAACAAUACAAACAUCUGAACCUACAGAUGUCUUUAAUUACUAUUCCAAUGACUCAACCUUAAGGGCUCAACCCUUUGCAGAACAUGCAACAACACUGGAAUCGAUUGAAAACUCCUUUGUUGCGGUGCUGCCAGUCACUGAACUAUCCACCAAAGGUCAAGCAAUAAUGGAUGCCUUUGUCACAGAGCAUCUAGAAACAAAGUCAUCUACCCGAGGAACUCCAGCAACUUCUUUCAUUAAGGAACAGUUCACAACUGGAUCAUUUGCCAAGGGGCACAUAUUAACAGAAUUGGACACUACACAGCAAGAAAUGUUAGAAUCAGCCAACACGGUGCACACAGUAACAAAAUCUCUCCCCACAGAAGAUAUGGUAAUAGAACAAUCCACAGUGGGUCAGUUGAUCCAAGCCUCAACCUCCAUAAGACAGUUUAUCACAGCAUCAUCCAACAUGCAGCAACUGAUGACAGAAUCAUCGACCAUGGCAGCUAUCUCUACCUUACCACAAGCAACUACACAAUCAACCUUGGUGAUGCAGCCCUUUGUAGGUACAUUCUCCAUAAGCCAACCAAGCUUAGAUCCUUCAAAUGGAGUCCAAUCAAACACAGAACUGUCCAAUGAUUUACAACCUUUUCCCACAACAUUAGUUUCACCAGACACUGAAAUCUCCAAUGUUAUUGUUGCUGAAUUGAAUAACCCUAUGCUACCUAAUGCUGCUACAACCACAGUGAUGGAACCUACUGCUCAAUCAAAUAUAGUAGUGCAAGGCUUUGGUGAAUCGGUUUCAGAGCACAAUGUUAACAAAUCAUCAGCCACUGUUCAAGCAUACAGUAAAUCUAGUAACAGAAUUCAUUCUGAUGAUGAAUCCAUUAAGAGAAUACAUACGACAAUGUUUCCGGGAGUACAAUCUGCCAGUAAGACAUCUACAGCAGUGGAUAUGACGACAGAGUACUUCCCAAUAGGCCACCAUGAUUCAGCUGUUGAGGAGCACAAUGAAAUACAACCUCCUCAAGAAGUAGCUAGGGAUAAACUCGAAUGGUCUGAGGUUCAAGAUAUCUCCGCUGAGCUGGAUCCCUCAUACAUCCUCCAGCAUCGUGAAGAAUCAGAUAAUGAAGAAAUGGCUAGCAUCUACUUAGAAUUGCCAGUUGCUGUUCCAACAACAAGAGCCACAGCAAGAGAAAGUCACAGAUCUCGACAGGCAUUAAUAGUCUUCUUCAGCCUACGUGUGACGAAUAUGAUUUUUUCAGAUGACUUAUUCAAUAAAAGUUCACAUGAAUACAAAGCGCUAGAACAGCAAUUCUUGGAAUUACUUGUUCCCUACCUUCAGUCUAACCUGACUGAUUUCAAGCACCUUGAAAUCCUAAACUUCAGAAAUGGCAGCAUUAUUGUUAACAGCCGGAUGAAGUUUGCAAAGCCUGUUCCACAGAAUGUUACCAAUGCAGUUUACCUAAUCCUGGAUGAUUUCUGCAACACAGCAUACCAGACUAUGAACCUUGCCAUUGAUAGAUUUUCUCUGGAUGUCGAAUCAGGUAAUGGGGCUGACCCAUGCAAGUUUCAAGCCUGCAAUGAAUAUUCUGAAUGCUUAGUGAACCACUGGACCGGAGAGUCUGAAUGUAUCUGUAAUGCUGGGUAUACAAGUGUGGACGACUUACCCUGUCAAAGUAUUUGUGAUGUAGACACUGACUUCUGUCUUAAUGAUGGCAAAUGUGAUGUAAUUCCAGGCCAAGGAGCAAUCUGUAGGUGUCGUGUGGGUGAGAAUUGGUGGUACAGAGGAGAGCAUUGUGAGGAGUAUGUCUCUGAAACUCUUGUAGUGGCUAUUGCCUUUGCUUCAGUGGCUGGUGUCCUUUUGGUAGCUUCUGCUGUGAUUUUCUGCAUAGCCAGAACUCUCCGUGCUCAGUAUGCCAAAGGUGCCUCUCAAGAAUCUACAGAACAAAGUAAUAGCCUGGAAUCAGUGGAAAAUGGGACAAAAUAUAAUCCUAUGUAUGAAAGCGAUGCCACAACUAGCUACAGUCACUACAAUAAACGUUAUCCACAGCUAGCCUCAUACAGCUCAGGCAGUGCAGAGGCAUCUGCCAACUUCAGCAGUGAUGAGAUCCGACACAUCUAUGAGCACAGUGAACUUAGCAAAGAGGAAAUUCAAGACAGACUACGGAUAAUAGAUCUCUACGCUAAAGAUCGGCAGUUCGCAGACUUUAUGCGACAACAUCAGAUAUGUAGAGAUAAUACCAAAACAAAUCCUACAAAUUAAUAUUUCAGUAGAAGUAGAAGA